AUGGCGCUCGACGAGUCCUCGGUCCUCAUGGACCGCGCGCUCGUGACCAUGUGCCAGGACCUGCCCGAGUCGCUGGGGCUGUACAACACGGAGAAGGACCAGCUCGCACUAAGUGCGAUUCGCGUCAUCCCGUUGCUCGAGCACGUGGGCGCCGACUCGCGCAAGUUGGCGCUGAUCCGCGACUGGAUGCGGUCGUACGAACCGGCGGUGGACGAGCCGCUGAGUACUGAGAUUUGUAUGGACGCGCUCAAGGAAAUGGAUCAACGGGAGCGUGAGGAGCGAGAGAAGGAGCGGGUGGAGUUGGAGAUGGCAGCAGGGAGGGGCGAGGACGAGGAGGACCAGAAGAAGAAGCAGCAGAAGAAGAAGAAGAAGAAGAGGGAGCAGACGAGGGAGCGGGAGCAGCAGAAGCGGCCGCGGCCGCGGAGAGACAAGGAGGCGGACACGAAAAAUAAGGAGAAGACGAAGCAGGCAGUGGCCGAGAGGUCUGACAGGACGAGGAAGACAGGAGCGAAGCCGCGCGUCCGUGCGGCGAGGAGUGAGUUGGAGGACGUGCUGUCGAUGGACGAGUCGAGCAGCUCCAGUGACGACGAGUCCUCGUCAUCAUCGUCUAGUGACGCGUCGGACAGUGACGAUCGAGCACCGAGACGCACCAAGGUGUCGAGCAACUUGCCGCCGAUCGAAGUGGUGUUGUCGUCGGACGAGGACGAUGACGAGCCGAACGACAUGUUUGACACGGAGGACCCGGAUGUGUACGAAGUCGAGAAGAUCUUGCGGAAAAAGACGGCGGAAACGUACGGGGAGCAGGACUUGUACGAGGUCAAGUGGGAAGGCUACGAGGAGACGACGUGGGAGCCGGCGAGCAAUAUCUCCAAGGACUUGAUUGACGAGUUUGAGGGCCAACCUGUACGUGAGGACGUGUACACAGUGCAGGAAAUCGUUGAUCGGCGCAGGAAGCGGGACCCGACAACGAGACUAAAGACGCACGAGUACAAAGUCAAGUGGGUUGGCUACGACGAAUUGACGUGGGAGCCUGCUGAGAAUUUGCCGCAUAACUUGCGACGGAAGUUUGAUCGCUCUUAUGAGACCCGGGAGCGCAAGCGGUCAUGA